AUGAGCGACCAUGUCGGCCCAGAGCAGCUCGACUCGACACGUUCCCUCAGCGACAACAAGAAUCGAGACCAAGGGCAGGGCUGUCACUUGGUCUCGUGCUCCGUCGCCUGUGCCAGGCCAACCCACGUCGAUGCCCUGCACAGGUUGCCCAUGGCCAUGGGUAGCUGCAGCACGCCGCCAGAUGGCGCAGCUGCCCGAGUCGAAUCCGACCAGCUGCGUGCCCACCGGUCCUGA